UGUCGAUAUAUAGUAGCACAGACAACACCUAACAUACACAUCAAACACUAAGAUACGUGUUUCUUUAACAAAUAUUUCACACACUAGCCUACGGAUCAUACUUCAAAAUGGUUCGGAAUGCCAGAGACUUCUUGGCCGGCAUGUCGAAUUUCGCCAAAGACAAGAAGAAACUGUACAUCGCCGUAUUCGCGUCGGUGCUUCUAGUAUCUGCUGUUAUCGGCAUUGCGGUUGGUGUAAAAAAUAAUUCGGGGAACUCUUCGCAAUCGCACAUUGAUAGUUUUAAGGCCACCGCAGCGCAUUCGGUUCUCAAAAGCGCAUGCAGCAGCACAUUGUACCAGGACUUGUGUUACUCGACUAUUGCCGCGGUCCCCGGCAUGUCGAAAAAAAUUACUAGUCAAAAAGAUGUUAUUGAACAGGCUCUUAAUAUUACUCAUACGGUGGUUGAGCAAACCUAUGAUAAAAUCAAGAAGCUUUCGAAGCACAAGCACUUGACUAAGCGCGAGAAAGGCGCGCUCAAAGAUUGCCUGGAAUUGAUCGACGAGACGCUAGAUGAGCUGCACGAGUCGGUAGAAGAUUUCGAAAAGUACUUAACGAAGAAGUCACUGAGGGAACACGCGGAUGAUCUCAAGACGCUGAUCAGUUCCGCUAUAACCAACCAGGAAUCAUGCAUUGAUGGAUUUUCUCAUGAUGGUGCCGACAGAAAAGUACGCGAAGAAUUGCUUGCUAGCGAACAUAACGUGGAGAAAAUGUGUAGCAAUGCCCUGGCCAUGAUAUGUAACUUUACGAACACGGAUAUUGCGAACGAGGCGAAGCUGAAGGGGAGGAAUCUGAGAGAGGAGGGCAACAGCGUGUGGCCUCACUGGCUGUCGGUUGGAGACAGGAGGCUUUUGCAGUCGUCGACUGUGACGCCUAAUGUCGUGGUGGCAGCCGAUGGCAGCGGGGACUACAAGACAGUGUCGGAAGCGGUGGCUGCGGCGCCAGAGGAUAGCAAAACGAGAUAUGUGAUCAGGAUCAAGGCGGGCGUGUACAGGGAAAGUGUGGACGUGCCGAAGAAAAAGAAGAAUAUAAUGUUUUUGGGCGAUGGCCGAACCAGUACAAUUAUUACGGCUAGUAAGAAUGUUCAAGAUGGCAGCACCACUUUCAACUCAGCUACCGUCGCUGCUGUGGGAGCGGGAUUCUUGGCCCGUGACAUAACAUUCCAGAACACAGCCGGGGCUGCAAAACAUCAAGCCGUGGCGCUCCGAGUUGGAUCAGACUUAUCCGCAUUUUACAAAUGUGACAUCUUGGCCUACCAAGACAGUCUCUAUGUCCAUUCCAAUCGCCAAUUUUUCAUUAAUUGCUUCGUAGCCGGCACAGUCGACUUCAUUUUUGGUAAUGCCGCUGUUGUGUUACAAGACUGUGACAUCCACGCUCGUCGCCCUGGCUCUGGCCAGAAGAACAUGGUCACGGCUCAAGGCCGAACGGAUCCCAACCAAAACACGGGUAUCGUUAUACAAAAAUCUCGAAUUGGUGCCACUUCUGAUUUACAGCCCGUACAGAGCAGUUUUCCUACUUAUUUAGGGAGGCCUUGGAAGCAAUAUUCUAGAACAGUGGUCAUGCAAUCUUCGAUAACUAAUGUGAUCAAUCCAGCCGGGUGGUUCCCGUGGGACGGAAAUUUCGCACUAGAUACAUUGUACUACGGGGAGUACCAAAAUACGGGUGCGGGGGCUGCAACAUCUGGGAGGGUAACAUGGAAAGGAUUUAAAGUGAUCACAAGUUCCACUGAAGCUCAAGGCUUUACUCCAGGGAGUUUUAUUGCUGGUGGGAGUUGGCUAAAAGCAACUACCUUCCCAUUUUCUCUUGGUCUGUGAUGAGAAUUUAUUCUUCUUUAAUUUAUCGUCUAGGCUUCAAGAUCUUCCCGCUUGUGUUUUUGUUAUGAUAUUACCUAUUGUAUGAAAGUUACAUGAGUGAAAUAAAGUCUGCUAGUUCAACAUAA